UUACAGCAACUUUAUAAACUCCUUUCUUUUUUCUCCACCAAACAUUAAACAUAUUUAUCACUCCCCCAUUAAAAUCACAACCCACUCAUUUCAUAAUGACAAACACACCACAUUCUCUCUCAUCCUUCAAUCACACACAUACAUACACACAUACAACCACACUUCCACCAAACGACACAUUACAUCUUCUCUCUCUCCUCAUUUUCAUGUGUUAAUGUUCCUGUUUUCCUACUCUAAAUAAUAUCCCACCUCUUCUCUUCUUUUUCUUCUUCCUCUUACUCUCUAUACCAAAAAAAAACACCACCACCAUGGCUAAGCUAGUGGUGGAGGUUCUAGAUGCGGCAGACCUUAUGCCGAAAGACGGGCAAGGGUCUGCCAAUCCUUAUGUAGAAGUGGUCUUCUCCGAACAAAAGCGCAAUACCCAAACUAAGUUCAAAGACUUGAACCCAGUUUGGAACGAGAACUUGGUAUUCCAAGUUCCCGACCCACAAAACCUCCUCGAUAAAACUAUCGAGGUAACGGUUUAUAAUGAUAAGAAAUCCGGGCACGGCCAUAGUCAUCAUAAGAACUUCCUUGGCCGUGUCCGGAUUUCUGGGGUUUCCGUUGCGACAACGGAAACCCAAGCCUCUAUUCAGAGGUACCCACUUGAUAAGAGAGGUAUGUUUUCUCAUAUCAAGGGGGAUAUUUCUUUAAGGAUGUUUUUGGUUAAUGACCCUUCUUUUGGUGGUAAUUACUCUUCUUUUCCUCCUCCUAUUAAUAAAGAGGAGGAGAAAAGAGAAAGAGAGAGUGAGAUUCAAGUUCCUCCACUUGAGGAAAUCAAUCCAAACAUUGCCUUCAAUUUUGGCAAUAAUUAUGAGGAAGUGGGGGAGAGAGAAUUUCGCAAUGAGAAUCAUCAUAAUCAUUAUAACCAUGACGACGACGAAAAGAAGAAUAAAAAGAGAGAAAAAGAGAAACAAGAAGUGAGAACUUUCUACUCAAUUCCAGCUAAAAAUCACACUUCACAACCACCUCCUUCAUCGUUUGAGAGAGACACACACCAAGGGCAAGCGCAACGGCAAGAGCAAGAGCAAGGGCAAGGACAAGCGUAUCAUAAGGUGGAAGUUCGGGCGGAUUACAUGAAACCCUCCCCACCACCGUCUAUGAUGAUGCAGGUACCUGGAAAACGACCCGAAUACGAGCUCGUUGAGACUCGGCCUCCUGUGGCAGCACAUAUGGGAUACAGGAAGGGUGACAGUACUGGUAGUACAUAUGAUCUGGUGGAGCAAAUGCAUUAUUUGUAUGUAAGUGUUGUUAAAGCUAGAGAUCUCCCUGUAAUGGACAUUACAGGGAGUUUAGACCCUUAUGUUGAAGUUAAGCUUGGAAAUUACAAAGGUGUUACAAGACAUCUUGAAAAGAAUCAAAACCCUGUUUGGCAUCAAAUUUUUGCUUUUUCUAAAGAGAGAUUGCAAUCUAAUUUGCUUGAGCUUGUUGUCAAAGAUAAGGAUUUUGGGAAAGAUGAUUUUGUUGGUAGGGUAGUGUUUGAUAUGACUGAGGUUCCGCUUCGAGUACCGCCUGAUUCGCCGUUGGCGCCUCAGUGGUAUAAGCUGGAGGAUAAGAAAGGGCAGAGAGGGACUAGAGGAGAGAUAAUGCUGGCAGUGUGGAUGGGUACACAGGCUGAUGAAGCCUUUCCAGACGCUUGGCAUUCUGAUGCACAUUCAGUCAGUCAUCACAAUCUCGCACAUACGAGAUCGAAGGUUUAUUUCUCGCCUAAAUUGUACUACUUAAGAGUUCAUGUUAUUGAGGCUCAAGAUUUGGUGCCAUCAGACAGGGGCCGUGCACCGGUGACCUGUGUCAAGGUUCAACUAGGAAACCAGAUGAGGAUCACUAGACCUUCCCCAGUUCAAACGAUGAACCCGGUGUGGAACGAUGAGCUUAUGUUUGUGGCUUCGGAGCCGUUUGAUGAAUUUAUGAUUGUGACAGUGGAGGAUAAAGUUGGACCUGGUAGGGAUGAGAUCUUAGGGAGGAUGAUCAUCCCUGUUAGAGAGCUUCCACAUAGAAUGGAAACAGCCAAGUUUCCUGAUCCUAGGUGGUUUAACCUCAUGAAGCAUUCGGGUGAGGAAGAAGGGGAGAAGAAAAUGAAGUUUGCUAGCAAACUUCACUUGCGUCUCUGCUUGGAGGCAGGGUACCAUGUGUUAGAUGAGUCGACUCACUUUAGCAGCGAUCUUCAGCCCUCAUCGAAGCAUCUGAGAAAGGCUCCAAUUGGGAUCCUAGAGCUCGGGAUUCUGAGUGCUAAGAAUCUCUUACCCAUGAAAGGGAAAGAGGGGAGAUUGACCGAUCCAUACUGUGUUGCCAAGUAUGGUAGCAAAUGGGUUCGAACACGAACCCUUCUUGACACUCUCGGCCCAAGGUGGAACGAGCAAUACACUUGGGAGGUCUAUGAUCCCUGCACGGUGAUCACUGUAGGAGUGUUUGACAAUUGCCAUGUCAGUGGAAAAGAUGAUACGAGGGAUCAGAGGAUUGGAAAGGUCAGAAUCAGACUAUCAACACUGGAAACUGAUAGAAUUUACUCACAUUACUACCCUUUACUAGUGCUCACCCCUGGGGGAUUAAAGAAACAUGGGGAACUUCAGUUAGCAGUGAGGUUUACCUGCACAGCUUGGGUGAACAUGGUUGCACAAUAUGGAAGACCACUUUUACCCAAAAUGCAUUAUGCUCAGCCGAUUCCGGUCAAGCAUAUAGACUGGUUGAGGCACCAAGCAAUGCAGAUAGUAGCUGCCCGGUUAGCUCGGGCUGAGCCACCCCUACGGAAAGAGAUAGUGGAGUACAUGCUUGAUGUAGACUACCAUAUGUUCAGUCUCAGAAGAAGCAAGGCAAAUUUCUUCAGGAUCAUGUCAGUAUUGUCAGGAGUCUCUGCUGUUUGCAGAUGGUUCAAUGACGUUUGCACGUGGCGAAACCCUAUAACAACCUGUCUUGUUCAUGUCCUAUUCUUUAUAUUGGUUUGUUACCCAGAACUCAUACUGCCCACUAUCUUUCUUUACUUGUUUGUGAUUGGCGUUUGGAACUACCGAUUCAGGCCGAGAACCCCGCCUCACAUGGAUGCUCGGGUUUCACAUGCGGAGCAUGUCCACCCAGAUGAGCUUGAUGAGGAGUUUGACACAUUCCCAACAUCUCGACCCAACGACAUGGUUAGGAUGCGAUAUGACCGGCUUAGAAGUGUCGCGGGUCGGGUUCAGGCUGUGGUAGGGGAUUUGGCAACUCAAGGAGAGAGAGCUCAGGCAUUGCUGAGUUGGAGGGAUCCAAGAGCAACUGCCAUAUUCAUCUUCUUAUCUCUGAUAUGCGCAGUGUUCCUGUAUGUGACUCCCUUUCAGGUGAUUGCAGUGCUGGUGGGGCUUUUCAUGCUGCGGCAUCCACGGUUCAGGUCCAGGAUGCCUUCUGUACCAGUCAAUUUCUUCAAAAGGUUGCCGUCAAAAUCUGACAUGCUUCUAUAAGACUAUAACAAAGCUCAGAUUGUCUGUCAAUAAAUCUUCCAAAGUUCAGUUUCAUGGAGAAGAAGACCUCACUUCUCCGAGAGUCGCUACGUGUUUAUCCUUAUCUUCUUGUAAUGUAAGAGUACCCAGCGAUUCUUUUCUUUUCAGUUCUUAUUCCUUAUUUUGUACAAUUAGUCAUAAAAUGUCAAUUUUUUGGCAAACAAUGGGGUAAAUGCUACAAGAUAGUUUCAAGUCCAAGAAA